ACCUUCGCCAAACCUGAUGGAAAAUGGGACUUCUACUAUAAGCUAUCGUUUCACAAACCGUGCAAGCCACAAUAAAAAAAAAACUUGUUUUGUCAAAUUCAGUUAAAUGUCAAAAUCAGAAAGACAAUAAUCAAAUUCAGAAAAGUGCAGAACAGAACAAACGAAAGAAGAAUUACGUUUUUAUUAUUAAAAUGUGAUUUUUUUAAACGGUUGAAAUUCAAAACAAUGGCUGUUAAUAUUGAGAGCUGCGAAAGCUUGCCUCCCGAUGAGGAGCCGAAGCUAAAAUACGAUAGAAUGGAAAAUGAUUUAUUGAAUAUUUUACUGAAAGACGCUGUCAGUUGUAUUUGUGUUCACACCAAAUUCAUCUGUAUCGGAACACGUUGGGGUGUGAUACACCUGCUAGAUCACGAAGGUAACAUAGUUGCUAUAUCCCAGGACGGGAAGACUGAAUUCCAGGCUCAUACUAUCGCUGUCAACCAAAUAUCUGUAGACCAAAAUGGGGAUUACAUAGCGAGUUGUUCAGACGAUGGUAAAGUUGUCGUAUAUGGAUUGUACAGUAAUGAUAACACGCACAACCUAAAUUUAGGCAGGGCAGUGAAAUCAGUUGCAUUGGAUCCUUGCUACUUCAAGUCAGGUUCAGGAAGAAGAUUUCUUACAGGUGAUCACAGAUUGACACUAUAUGAAAAAUCAUUCCUUAAUCGAAUACGAACUACAGUAUUACAUGAAUGCAAGGGAAACGUACAAGCCAUGUCCUGGCAAGACAGGUUUGUAGCAUGGGCAAGUGAAGUUGGGGUCCGUGUUUAUGACCUAGUUGCUAAAUGCUCUCUAGGUCUCAUCCAAUGGGAAAAGAACCUAAAUAGAUCUAUUGAAGACUACCGCUGCAAUCUUCUCUGGUCUGCUCCUAAGACUCUAAUGAUCGGCUGGGUUGAUACCAUCAGGAUAUGUGUCAUUAGAAAGCGAAGUCAAAUUGAAUUACAGACUCGUGAUGUCACAGAAUACCUCGUGGAUCCAAUAUAUACCUACCAAAUAGAUUAUUUUAUAGGAGGUCUGGGCCCUUUGGACGAUCUAUUAGUUUUAUUAGCCGUUCCAAAAGAAUGCGAUCCUAAAACCGGAAAGUCGCAAAUGCCCGUUUUAAUAGUGGCGAAUUAUAAAGGCUGCGAAUUCUGCGAGAUAUCUUGGGAGACUUUAGACAUAAGGGGCUACCAAGAAUAUAACUGUAAUGAUUACCAUUUAGAUAUGCUUAUAGAAGAAAACAGAUUUUUUAUUGUUUCCCCCAAAGACAUUAUCAUAGCGAGCCCUUACGACAUUGACGAUAGAGUCACUUGGUUGACCCAACAUAGAAGGUUCGAAAAAGCUAUUGCCGUGUUGGAAGAGGUCGGUGGUAAAACUUCUAAGCACUCCGUGAUGACGGUGGGCGUACAGUAUUUAGAUCACUUGCUCUCUGAACAUCUUUAUCAAGAGGCUGCCAUUCUCUGUGCCAGAAUAUUUAAAAACGAUAAAGUUUUAUUAGAAAAUCAAAUAUUAAAGUUUGCCGGCGUCAAACAACUUAGAACUAUAAGUCCCUACGUGCCGAAGACGCCUGAACAAGCUUUAAGUCCUUACAUAUACGAAAUAAUACUUUUCGAAUACCUCGAAGUGGAUUCGCGAGGAUUUUUAAAAAUAAUUAAAGAAUGGAAUCCAACUCUAUACAAAACGAGCGUCGUUAUAAACAAAGUAAUCGAACAUUUGUUAAACACCGAAGUUGACACGAACGUGUAUCUGGAAACCUUAGCUUUACUUUACUGCCACCAAAAGCAAUACGAUAAAGCGCUGACAACAUUCUUAACAUUGCAACACAAGGAUGUAUUCAAAUUGAUAACAGACCACGAAAUCUACAACAUCAUACAGGACAAGAUACUCGAUCUAAUGACGCUAGACUGCGACCAGGCUAUAUCGAUACUCUUGAAUAACACAAAAAUCCCUGUUGAGGUCGUCGAACAACAACUGGCAAAUCACGAAGAAUAUUUGUAUAAGUACUUAGACGCGUACAGCAAGAUGGAACCGAACGGUCGAUACCAUGGAAAACUGGUUCGUCUAUACGCCAAAUACAACAAAGAAAAACUGUUGCCUUUCUUAAGAUGCAGCGAUAAUUAUCCCAUACAGGAAGCUUUAGACGUGUGUCAGGCCAACAAUUUUUUCCCAGAAAUGGUUUUUCUACUCGCGAGAAUCGGCAACACCAAGGAGGCAUUGCAGAUAAUUAUCGAACAGUUAAACGACAUAAACCAAGCCAUAACUUUCUGUCAAGAACAAAACGAUAUGGAACUUUGGAUAGAUCUGAUACAGCAGACGGUCGACAAGCCGGAAUAUGUCACUUUACUUCUGAAAAGGAUAGGGAACUACGUGGACCCGAGGAUGUUGAUACAGAACAUCAAACCGGGCUGCGAAAUAAAAGACCUCAAAGAGUGCUUAGCCAAAAUGAUGUGCGACUAUCAUCUCCAGCUAUCAGUGCAGGAGGCCUGUAAAGUCAUUACGCUGAGGAACUAUUUUGAUUUGCAUGAAAAGCAAGUGAUGGCUCAACAACGAGGCAUAUCGGUGACCGACGACUUCCUCUGCUGCGUUUGUCACGGGCGGAUCAUAAUAAGGGACAUGUCGAAUGCUUCUGACCUUCUAGUUUACAAUUGCAGACAUUCCUUCCACGCCGGCUGCCUCCCGGAAGGCGACCAGUGUGCUGUUUGUAAUGCGGUCAGAAUGUGACCCAUAUUUAUUGAGCUCAAUCAUUUUGAAAUCAAAAUUUGACUAAACAAAGAUAGAAGUGGUCUGAAUACGAAUAUUUUUUUUCAUUAUAUAGAUUUAUCUGACGCAAUAUAUCGCCAUCUGAAUUAUAUAAAGCCCUAAGUCAACAUUGUCUGAUGGCGAUGGGAGGUUUUACAUUAAAAACCCCCUCAAAUCACUAAUAUAAUUUUAGUCGUAGUGAUUGAUAUCCAUAGACACCGAUCGACAACCUCAAUAGAUAAAAUAAGUACUUACAUCUGUUCUUAUUACACACACAAUUGUGUAAUAACAGAGACCGCUCUAAAAUCUUAAUAAUAUUUUUAAUAAUUGGUUUGAUGUUUCGGACGCCCAGACUACGCUACUGUAAGGUAUUGUCGUAAAAUUGGAUCGCUUCUAAUCUUUGUUAGAAACAUUUAUAUAUACUCAUGGUCCAUUGUAAUAAAAUAAUAUUGUUAUUUUUUUUUAUUGUUAGCUGACAAGAAUACGGCCCAACUGAUGAUGAGCGGUACCGUUGCUCAUGGACGUCAGUAAUGCUAUUGGACAGUCAGGCCGCUGCCUAAAUGUAAAGCCUCGCAGCAGUGAGGAGAAGAGAAUUAGUUGCUCUUUGUUAUUCUAAUACAUAAUACUAUAGUCUAUUGUAAUUUUAUUUUAAUCCUUCAACGAAACCUGUAAAUUUUUGACUUGUAUAAUUUGUGUGUUAAUGUCUAAAGUUUUCUGCCAAUUUAAAAAAUAAUUAAUUAUAAAACAUUAACUAAAGUAAAUGAUAAGCCUAUUGAUUAAGAAUUCAUUUGAUUAGUGUACUUUGUAAAUGUUUGUGUUUUAUUCGGUAUUCGCGAGUUGUAGAUAUUUAGUUUUCUUCCUCCUUCAGCACGGAGUCCGUCAAGUGUUCUAAACCUCAGAGAUAAGGAGGCGAUUUUUUUUUAUUUUUUUUUGCCUUUCUAGGCAGACGACCGUACGGCCCACCUGAUGGUGAGUGGUUACCGUCGCCCAUGGACUUCAGCAAUGCCAAGGGCAGAGCCAAGCCGCUGCCUAAUAAUAACCGUGGAAAUGAGUUGUUUUAAUUGUAUAUUAUCAAACUUAAAAUUUUCAUUAAAUUGUUUUGUGUAAGUUUCACUUGGUUAUUUAAUAGGUAAAUUCCUGAGUUACCCUACAGAUGAUUGAUGUGCUAAAAUUUUGUACUGUAUAUUUAUUGAAUGAUGAAAUGAACACGUGAUGUAUGUAUUAAUUAAAACGUGUGGUGCUUUCCAAAAUAAAUGGCUUGUGUUUUCCUUGUAUGUUAUAAUGGGUACUUAGUUCUAAUUAAAUGAAUAGCCUAUUUGUU